CUUGGCCCCGCAGGCUCCUAGAUGCCUCGUCGUCGGUCGGGCUGCUUCGGUGUCUGGCGUGAGAGUCACUUUCUGAGGACUCAGACCUCCAUGCUGGAAACCCAGAAGAAACUGGCAUGCCCACUGUGCCGCUGACUCCUACAACCCAGGAGUCGCUAAUGAUCAGGGAUAUGGCGGAGGCUCUCGCCCAGUGGGGACAGCUGAACCCUCCUCAGGGAGAUGUGCCUGAGAAGCAUAGGAAUCUGGUCUUGCUGGGGCUUCCGAUUUCCAAGCCCGAUGUAAUCUCUCAGUUGGAGUGUGGGGAGAAGCUGGAGAGAGAAGCCUCAAAAGCCACUAGUCCAGACUGGGAGACAAGACCAGAAAGCAAGGAGCUAACCCAAGAGCCGGAUGUUUCCGAAGAAGAGUCAGCCCCUGGGGUGUUAGUAGAAAGAUUUCCGAAGGAAGGUGACAGUGGAUGUGAGGAUUCUUUAGAGUGUCAGCAGGAAAACCAUGAGAAACAUUUAAUACAAGAGAUUGUCACUCAGAAGAAAUCUUCUGGGGAGAGAAGUUACCAGUGUGAUGAAUUUGGAAGAAAUUUUGGUCGGAGGUCAUUACUUGUUCAACAGCAAGGAGAGAGACUACGUAAUUGUGAUUCACUUAAAAAGAACCUAAAACAAAAUUCAGAUCUAAAAAGGCAUAAGAGAAUUUGUUCAGGAAAGAAACCCUGGAAGUGUAAUGAGUGUGAGAAAGCCUUUAGUUACUACUCAGCUUUUGUCUUGCAUCAGAGAAUUCACACGGGAGAAAAGCCCUACGAGUGUAAUGAGUGCGGCAAAGCCUUUAGCCAGAGCAUACACCUCACUCUCCACCAGAGAAUUCACACCGGAGAGAAGCCCUACAAAUGCCAUGAGUGUGGGAAAGCCUUCAGUCACCGCUCAGCCCUUAUUCGGCAUCACAUAAUUCACACCGGAGAGAAACCCUACGAAUGUAAUGAAUGCGGGAAGGCCUUUAAUCAGAGUUCAUACCUCACUCAACACCAGCGAAUUCACACCGGAGAGAAACCUUACGAGUGUAACGAAUGUGGGAAGGCCUUCAGCCAGAGCACGUUUCUUACCCAGCACCAGGUCAUUCACACUGGAGAGAAGCCCUACAAGUGUAACGAGUGUGGGAGAGCCUUCAGUGACCGCUCGGGCCUCAUCCAGCACCAGAGAACUCAUACUGGGGAGAGGCCUUACGAGUGUACUGAAUGUGGGAAAGCCUUUGGCUACUGUUCAGCCCUGACUCAGCACCAGAGAACUCACACUGGGGAGAAGCCCUAUAAAUGCAGUGAUUGUGGCAAAGCCUUCAGUGACCGCUCAGCCCUCAUCCGCCACCAGAGAACACACACUGGAGAGAAACCUUACAAGUGUAACGACUGCGGGAGAGCCUUCAGCCAGAGUUCAUCCCUCACAAAGCACCGGAAGACUCACACCGGAGAGAAGCCUUACAAGUGUAAGGAAUGCGGGAAGGCCUUCAGCCAGAGUUCAUCCCUUUCCCAACAUCAGAAAAUUCAUGCUGGAGGGAAAACCAAGGAAUAUGGGAAAGCCUUUAGUGAUCAUGCAGCCUUUGGUCAGCAAAAGAGAAUUCAUACUGGAUAAAGACAGUAAACUGUUUUCCUGGGUGUGAGUAAUCAUCUGAGUAGUUAUCUCAGUCAACAGUUCUCGAGGGGAAAAUUAUUGAUUGAGAUUACUCAGAUGAUUACUUACACCCAGGAAAAAAUGAGGCUUGUAAGUUGGUCAGUCACAGAGUUUCCGUGAGGGCAGCUUCCCCUGAAGCCAGAGAGCUUGGGCCUGGCAGUUCACUUCUGCGCUCCGUGUCUUUUAACCUCGCUCGUUGAGACGGCACUGAGGAUCAACUAACUCCCAGGGUCAGACCUGUAGUCCAGAAAGGGGGAGCACAGAGGGACCUGUAAUGUUUUCCAUCUGUUUUCAGCUAGCUGAGGUAGCUGACAAUGUGCUUAUUUAUGAAGAUUUAUCUUCCUUGUAUGUAGUUUGUACUUUAGACUUUUUCACACCCUAGUAAAAUUUAGUUGUAGACCUGAACUGACACUGCAUAUUAGGUUGUGAGAAUUGUAAAGACUUUGAAAUACUUGCCUUUCACCAUUUUAUUCUUGGGAAGAGGCAGAUGACAUGAUAUGUAUCAUUGAAAUUUGGAAGGUUAUUAUUGGAAAUAUUUUGAGUGCUGUUGUUUUUUGUUUGUUUGUUUGUUUUAGUUUUCACAUUUGACUAAGUGUAUCUUUGUGUGGGUUUCUUGGAGUUUAUCUUGUUUUCUAAACUUGAGUCUGUAGGUUUAUGUCUUGCCAAAUUUGGGGAAUUUUCAGCCGUCAUUUCUCUGAAUACAUUCUUAACCUCCACUCCCUCCCCUUCUCUCUUUCCAGAACACUGCUGCAAAUGGUUAGGUCUUUGCUUGUAAUCCCACAGGUUCCUGAGGCUCAGUUCAUUGUUUUUUAGUAUAUUUGUAUCUUAAUCUGCUCAGGCUGCCAUAAAAAAAUUUCAUAAACUGGGUGGUUCAGACAACAGAGAUUUAUUCCUCACAGCUAUGGAGCUGGAAGUCCAAUAUCAAGGUGUCGACUUUGGCCUUUGGUGCUGGGUCUCUUCCUGGCUUUCUCGCCUUCUGUGUCCUCACAUGGCCUGUCCUUGAUGUAUGCCUGUGGGAAGAGAGAGAGAGCUCUCUUCUUCUUCCUUAAAGGCCGCUAGUCCUAUCAGAUUAGGACCCCAGCCUCAUGACCUCAUUUAACCUUCAUUACCUCCAAAAAGUCUGUUCUCCAAAUACUGUCAAAUUUGGAAGUAGCAUUUUAACAUACGAAUUUGGGGGGGACACAAUGCAAUCCAUAGCAUUUGCCUCUGGCCCCCAAAUUUCAUGUUCUUACAUGCAAAAUACAUUCAUUUCAUCCCAACAACCCUCUAAAUCUUAUUCCAUCAUCAGCUCCAAAAGUCCAAAGUCUCACCUACAUAUCACAUAAAUCAAAUGUGGGUGAGACUUGAGGUAUAUUUCAUCCUGAGGAGAUUCCUCUCCAGCUGUGAACCUGUGAAACAGGACAAGUUAUGUGUUUCCAAAAUACAGUGGUGGGGCAUGCACAGGACAGAUACUCCAUUCUAAAAGGAGGACUAGAAAGGAAGGAGGGAGGGAGGGGUAAACAGGUCCCAAGCAAGUCCAAAACCCAGUGGGGCAAA